AUGCCGAUAGACGGCCCUCCGACAGCGUUAGACAUAGCGGCGAAAGGUGCGGAGCGCAGUUGUGUUAGAGUUGCGAGUGGUAGUAGUCAACGGUGGUCAACUAAGAGGUGGUUAAUUAGCAAGGUAAUGGGAAUUGGUGGCGGCGUGGGGGGGAGGGGGUCGACGGCGGCGGAAGCUUAA